AUGAAGAAGAGCAGCGGCAUCGGCGUGCACGUCGUCUUCCCUGUGCUGCGGUCGUGGUCCGUCGAGGUCAUCAUCUCCCCUGUGCUGCGGAUCUUCUCCCUCACCACGUCCGACAGAAUGAGAACUCUGCUCCAGGCUCCUGCCGGCGCCGCCGUUGGCAGCAUACCAAACACGUUGGCGAACCCGGGCUCUCGCCUCCCUCCCUCCUCGCCUUCGACGCUGACCGGCUCCACACCGCCGCCUACCGAUACGUCUUCUUCUUCUUCUUCCACUCCUCCGUCGUCACCGUCCUCUGCUCCGACACCACCUUUCCCGUCUUCUCCUACUCCGUCGCCACCUUCCCCUUCGACACCACCGGCUGCUGCACCACCUCCUCCUUCACCGGUUGCCAUUGCCAGUACCCCUCCGCCGCCUGAGGCAUCGUCUCCGCCCCCACCGGCCGCAUUGCCUCCCCCACCACCAGCCACAUUGUCGCCCCCGCCACCGGCGCCAGUUCCCACGGCCACGCCGCCGCCUCCGCCUCCGCCCGCCGUCGCACCGCCCCCACCGGACAUUGCCGCGCCCCCUCCUUCCACCACGCAGGCGUCGCCACCGCCCUCCGCUCCCCCACCGCGGCGGUCCCACGCCACGCCGCCUUCUUCAAGCCUGUCUCCUCCGCCACCCGCGGCGCAGCAAACCCCGUCUCCCGUGGCCGCCACGCCGCCACCUGCAGUUCACUCCCCCGUGGAUUACGCCGCUCCUCCGCCGGCGCGGACGAGCUCAACCCCCGCCAGGCACUCACCUACGGCAGUUGAUACUAGUGCCACCAAGGCGCCGCCGUCCAGCAGUAGCGGGCUGAGCUCUGGCGCUACGGCUGGCGUGGCGAUCGUAGUGGUGAUCAUCGUCCUCGGCUUCGCUGGCGUGUUCGUCUGCCUGUCGAAGCGGCGGAGGCGGAAGCAGGCCGACCGUUACUACGCUGGCUUCGCCAUGCCAUCGUACACGCCGCAGCACCUGUCCAGCGAGGCGCCGUUCCUGCGCGCGCCGUCUGCGCCGGGGCCGAUGAACUUCAGCAUGGGCAGCGGAGGCGGCGGCCCUGGCAUGUCGACGCCGAUGAGCCAGACAUACGGUCAGCAGCCGUGGGGUGCGUCGUCGGCCAAGUACAGCGCGACGGCGGGGAGCCAGGGCCCCGCGCGAAGCGUGGCGACGUCGGCGUCUGGCGACCUGAGCGUGGGCAACACCAAGGCGUUCACGUUCGACGAGCUUUACGACAUCACCGCCGGGUUCGCGCGCGAGAACGUGCUCGGCGAGGGCGGGUUCGGGUGCGUGUUCAAAGGCACGCUCGGCGACGGAAAGGUGGUGGCCGUGAAGCAGCUCAAGGGCGGCGGUGGGCAGGGCGAGCGCGAGUUCCAGGCGGAGGUGGAGAUCAUCAGCCGCGUCCACCACCGCCACCUCGUGUCGCUCGUCGGCUACUGCAUUGCCGAGGACCACCGCCUCUCGUCUACGACUACGUCUCCAACAACACGCUGCACCACCACCUCCAUGGUAACAAAACUUUCUUCUUUUACUUCAUUGUAUGUAUGGAGGGGGAGGCCGGCAAUGGAUUGGUCGACGAGGGUCAAGAUCGCGGCGGGCUCAGCGCGUGGAUUGGCCUACCUCCAUGAGGAUUGUCAUCCAAGGAUCAUUCACAGGGAUAUCAAGUCAUCAAACAUCUUGCUUGAUGACCAGUUUGAGGCUCAGGUAGCUGAUUUCGGGCUCGCGAGGCUAGCGGAGAACGAUGUCACACAUAUUUCAACUCGUGUUAUGGGCACAUUCGGGUACCUGGCUCCAGAGUAUGCGUCCACAGGGAAGCUGACCGAGAAAUCAGACGUGUUCUCCUUCGGUGUCGUGCUACUGGAGCUCAUCACCGGCCGGAAGCCCGUGGAUUCGUCGCGUCCCCUAGGCGAUGAGAGCCUUGUGGAGUGGUCGAGACCACUACUGAACCGUGCAAUCGAGAAUCAGGAGUUUGAUGAGCUGGUCGAACCCCGGCUCGAUGGGAACUUCGACGAUGUCGAGAUGUUCCGUGUGAUUGAGGCGGCUGCGGCGUGCAUCCGUCACUCAGCUGCCAGGAGGCCCAAGAUGGGGCAGAUCGUCAGGGUCCUCGACAGCCUGACGGACGUUGAUCUCAGCAACGGCGUGCAACCGGGGAAGAGCCAGAUGUUCAACGUAGCCAACACGGCGGACAUCCGGCAGUUCCAAAGGAUGGCGUUUGGCAGCCAGGACUUCAGCUCCGAUUACAGCCAGUCCAGGUCAAGCAUAGGCAGCAGGAGGGACUUCUAG